AUGAAUUUGUCCGAAGAAUCAACCAUAACAGUGGAAAAUAGGAGACCACGCAAUAAAACUGAAACGAAAUUCAAGUCUUAAAGUCCAUAAAUAAAACCUCAAUUUACUUAAUCACAAUUACAACAUAAAAAGAGCAAAACAAAAGAGAGAGUUUAAUAAAAACAAGAGUAAUUGCCUAAUGUGACCAGAAAAUUAAAUCCUAAAUCAACUAGUUUUUCCAAAAAAAGAAAUCAGUUCAAACCAGCUCCGUAAGAUUUUGGUUUAAAAGUAAAUAAAUAAAAAUAAUUCAAAUAGUAUUAUGUCGGAUGGGGCAACAAUGAAGCUCUAGUUAAAAGAGUGAUGUCAAAAAGGACUUAAUGGAAAGAAACCACUGACUCUAGUUCGAUGUUUGUUAAUUUUAAAUGGUAACAAAGUGAAAGAGGUUACAGAUAUGAAAGAUUGAUUGUAAGUUAAAAUUACAAAUAACUUGUUAAUCAUUUUGAACAUCAUAGAGAAAUAUCAAAUAAAUCAUAUCUAAUUAAGAAUCUCUCCUAAUACUGUGAAAAACAUAAACUGAAUGUUUUUGAUUAUACUCCAUUAACCUUUGUGAUUGAUUUUAGCGAUGAGAAUUGUGACUAAAAUAUUACUCAAUUCCUUAAGACUUAUGAACAAUUUGCCCCUAAAAAGCCAUAAGCCAAAUAAAUGCUUGAUGUUAAAAGAAGAUUGAGAGGAAAUUUCUGUAAUUCUUAUUAAAGGGAAUCAAGUUCCUAAUUUCAAAAAAUUCAAAUGAAUAAUACCUUUCUGUCAGAAGAUUCAACUUAUAUGUGGUUAUUAAAGCCUACUUUUUUAAAUAGAGGAAGAGGAAUUUAAAUAUUUGAUAACCUAGAAACUUUAGUUAAAUUAGUAUCUGAAUUUUAAGAAGGUUUAAAAGAAAAAACUCUGAAUUAAAAGGAUGAAUCUUCUGGGGAGGAGGAUCCACCAAAGUAGGUUUAAAGUGCAUAAGGAACGAAAAAAGAUCCAAAUUAAUAUAUUAGAUAAUAGCCAUCAGGACCUUGCAUUAUAAAAUCUCAAUCAUUUGUUAUUCAAAAAUAUAUUGAAAGACCAGCCUUGAUUAAUAAAAGAAAAUUUGACAUAAGAGUAUGGGGAUUAGUGACUCAAGAGUUGGAUACAUAUUUCUUUUAAGAAGGAUACAUUCGAACAUCCUCUGAAGAUUUCACCUAUAACAUAGAGAAUACUUUUGUUCAUCUAACAAAUAAUGCAAUUUAAAAGUAUUCAAAAAAUUACGGAGAAUUCGAAGAUGGUAAUCAGUUAUCAUUCAAAAACUAUUAAGAAUAUUUGAAAUCAUAAAACAUUGUAUGUAAUGUCGAGGAUCUUAUAAACAAAAUGAAAGAAAGAAUAUGGAUGGUUUUUAAUUCAGUUCGCAGUAAAAUUAAUUUUGAAGACCGAAAGUAUUGCUUUGAGAUUUUUGGAUUUGAUUUUAUUUUGGAUGCAGAUCAAGAAGUGUGGUUAAUAGAAGUUAAUACAAAUCCAUGCAUAGAAGAAUCAAGCCCAUUAUUAAAAAUGUAUAUUCCUAGAAUGCUAGAUGACGCAUUCAAAUUAACACUUGAUGUUUUAUUUCCCCCAUAAUAGUAGCCACAUAAAUAAUCAUUGCCAUCCAUUUAUUAACUACCUUAAAUCAAGGAAGAAAUGCAUUCUGACUAUCCAGUUAUUGGUUAUCCAAAUGACGAGAAUAUGUGGAUGUUAUUGGGCUCUUUAAAUGAUAGAAAAGUAAAAAAAAAAAAAUGA